AUGAAGGGUUUUCCUCUGGCGUUCGCUGUUUUGCUAAUAGGGAGCUUCGUGUACGGCAAAAGCGAGGAGAAUGAGGUGCAAAAAUUGGUGACCGAUUUCCUGGAAGACAAAGCCUCCGAUCUGUCGUUGUUCAACGACAUCAUCGAAAUGGCGGACAAAACCAAGAAGAACUGCCCCGAUUUGGACGCGAAACUCAACGCUACAAUGAUCGAAGUGCAAAAGUGCACGGAGGAAAUCAAAAUCGGCCCCAACACCAUUUGCACCAUACUGAAAACGAACAUCGUCCCCUGCACCAAGCCGGUAAGGGAACUGAUGGUCAGCUGCCUUCCGCAGGAAUCCAAGGAACUACCUUUGGUGCUAGAAAGGAUCUUCAUCACCAUCAUCAAGCAAGCUUGCAGCUCCACUAUGGAGGAAAUUCUGGAAUUCUUCAAUCCUUGCCAAUUCAGCAAAAACGUGUCCUCGUUCCCGUCCUGCCAGGAGGUGGCGAACACCGUGCAAACCUUCAGAAAUAAAAUGCCUUCCAAGGAAUUCGUCUGCUCAUUGUUGCCCAAGUUGAGAACCUGCUCGAAGGACAUCCACAACGCCACUUGCACCAACAUCAUCACCAGAACGGUGUUCCUCAAUCUGCACCAAGCCCUUGAGGACAACACCAAGGACGUUUGCAACGGCGCAAAGAAGAAUAACGAUUUGAAUUAA